CUAGUCUCAAUGCGGAGCGGGCUAUGACAGCCUCCGUGCUCCUCCACCCCCGCUGGAUCGAGCCCGUCAUGUUCCUCUACGACAACAGCCUGGAUGAGAUCAAUAAGAACAUGGACGGGUUUCACGCCGGCAGCAACUUCGCGGCGGCGGCGGCGGCCAACCCCUGCCGCAACCUGAUGGCUCACCCCGCGCCCCUGGCCGCCCCCAGCGCCGCCGCCUACACCUCCAGCGAGGCCCCCGCCGCCGGUAUGGCCGAGCCCGCUGUCAAGCAGUGCAGCCCCUGCUCGGCCGCCGUGCAGAGCUCCUCCGGCGCCGCUCUGCCCUACGGCUACUUCGGCAGCGGAUACUACCCCUGCCGCAUGACCCACCACAACGCCAUCAAGUCCUGCGCCCAGCCCGCCUCCACCUUCGCCGACAAGUACAUGGACACCUCCGUCUCCGGCGAGGAGUUCACGUCGCGGGCCAAGGAAUUCGCCUUCUACCAGGGCUACGCCGCCGGGCCCUACCAGCCGGUGCCCGGCUAUCUGGAUAUGCCCGUGGUGCCCGCCAUCGGCGGCCCCGGCGAGCCGCGCCACGAUCCCCUGCUCCCCAUGGACAGCUACCAGCCUUGGGCCAUCACCAAUGGGUGGAACGGGCAAGUGUACUGCCCCAAGGAGCAGAGCCAGCCGCCUCACCUCUGGAAAUCCACCCUUUCGGACGUCGUUUCGCAUCCCUCCGAUGCCAACUCGUACAGACGUGGGAGAAAGAAGAGAGUGCCUUACACAAAGGUCCAGUUAAAAGAACUCGAAAGGGAAUAUGCUACAAAUAAAUUCAUAACCAAAGACAAACGGAGGAGGAUAUCGGCAACUACAAAUCUGUCAGAGAGACAGGUCACAAUCUGGUUCCAAAACAGAAGAGUGAAAGAGAAAAAAGUGAUCAACAAAUUGAAGACUACCAGUUAGUGGAUUAAAAAUGGAGAAGCAGCAACUCAAAAGUUUCAGAACUUUUUU